AAAUAAAUAAUGAUAAUUCAAAAACACUGAGAAACAUAAUUUUAUGAAAUUCUCACAAAAUACCGUGCAAGCCAAAUAUUACUUGGUUUUUUAUAAACCAGAAUGUUUUUAGGCUGGAAUACACUGUAGGCCUCUGGGCCUGGACACAGAUAUGAACAUUUUAUUUACACACAAAUACUAAAUAAACACUUUCAGCAGGCAUGUUUGGGUGCUCAGACAUGUUUAUUUGUCAGUAACAGUGUUUUGACAAAAAACAUGAAAUACAAAAGCUUGCUGCUGCCUUAUAAAUAGAUUUUAAAAAAUAGAUAAAUAAUAGGCCCCAAAGCCUUGGGAAGGGUUUGGCAGUUUCAGUAUGCUGCUGCAGAGACUGGCAGCCUAGCAUUCCCCUCCCUGUGCACAACAGAGUCCAUUGGAGUUGCUGCCUUGACAAGCUCAUUCCAAAGAUAUUUUCCUCGAAGAAACCAUGGCUGACAUUACCGAAGACAAAAACAAAAUCAAGAGCGGCUUGAUAAUGGCGCUGAAAUGUGUGGAAACCAUUUCAUCAGCCGCUACAGUGAUCAAUCCAAUAUUCGGCUUGGCCGGUUCCAUUGUACGCAUUGUCCUACACAAUAUCGACGAUGAGGAAAUCCAGACUUUGAAGAAGGAGUUCAAAAGCAUCCAUGCGGGUUUGGAUAAAAUCUCCCGAGAAAACCAAAAAACCCUGAAAGGGAUCCAAAAAGUAACGCUGGACAACCAGUACUCCCAGAUCGCUUUCAAAAUCGAAAAGCAGUUUCAGGAUUUUAAAGCUGUCGUCGAGGCUGAUCAGGGCUCCAAAGAACGGCUGAAGGAUAAGUUUGAAGGAAACUUUGAGAGUUACGGAGGAGAUUCCAAUUUGCAUACUUUGUAUGAUGGGGUGAUUGGAAAGAGCAAGGUUUUUAGUAAGCCCAUUCUGAAAGUUUACAUGGAGAAUUCCAACGGAAACCGCCAAGUAAUGGAAACCUUAUGCACUCGCCUGACCUAUCUCUUCUGCAUCGGCCUCAUCGCUCUUAUGGGCUAUACAGCCAUUAUCGAAGAUGAUGAAGAAACCAUGAGUGAAGAAUGGGGAAAGAAUAUGGAGAAUGUGCAGAAAGAAAUGGCCCGAGUUCUCAGCGAAUGCCAUUAAAGUCCUUUGAAGAAACUGCUAAAUGUGCUACCUGUCUGCCUUUCCCAGCUUUACCUGGUAUUUGUAUGAAGGGUUCAGGAUUUACCUUCACGCUUUUAAAGGUAGACUGGAAAGGGAUUUCAGAACGCAUUCUUUUUUUACCCACGUGUCAUUCCAGUUCUUGUCUGGUUACUGUGUCCUAUUCUGGUCACCGCAGUACCAAAAAGACAUUGUGGCACUGGAGAGAUUCCAACAAACAGCAACCAGACUCAUCCCAGGACUUAAAGGAAGGAGCUUCACAGAUGAACAAACUGAAUCUAUUUAGCCUGGAACAAAAAAUAAUAAAAAAAAUCUUAAAAAGGGGUUGACAAGCCCUAACCAAUAUUUUAAGUGUCGAAACCAGGACCAGAGGACACAGCUGGCAAUAAAGUGGACUUUGGACAGAGCAAUGUUUUUGAUGCUGAAUUAUUGAGCUACUUUAAGAAAUGAAGAUCAGUCAGCUACAAGGAACCGGGUGAGCAUAGAUGAGCCGAAUGACCUCCUCUCGUUCCAUAAUUUUCUUCUGUUUUUAUAUUGAGAUUUAUUUUUAAAAAAGGUCAGCAAGGUUCUUGGCUACAAGCCCAGCACAUGAAGACCAACCAGCCUUUGUUCAGUAUCCCACAAGGGUGUUUGCCUCAUUCUAUCACCUGUAGUCUGAAUUGAUGAGCCAAAAAUCCCUGAACUUACUUGACAUGGUCUUCAGCAGCUGGGCUUGUGGCUACGAAACUUGCUGAGCUUUUUUUUAAAAAUAAUUCUCAAUGAUGAACGAGACACGUGGGUAAGAGAACUAUCCAUCCUGAAAGCCUGUCCCAAUCUUCCUUAUAUAUGAUGACAAGAGCUAGAGGGCCAGUUUAGCUAUGCUGUUUUUUUUUACACAUUUAUCCACAACCAUAAACACUCAACAGUAUAUUAAGUAAUACUAAAAGAAACACUGAGUCUUAUGGUCAUUUAAUUUUACAAGUUUCGUUGAGUAUUACUGAAGGACAAGGGUCUAUAAGGUGGUAAUUAGGCUUACAAGUGACGACCACAAAUACAAUAUUUCAUGUGGAAGUUGUUUCACCUUUAAUGGAUCUGCCAUAGUGGGUACGUUUGCAGAACUGUCUUAUUUUUCCCAUGUGUGUCGAAUCCUACACAGCACUUGUAUAGCACCUUUUGCACUAUAUUAACUGUUUUGACUGUUUGUUUGUUCUUUCACAUAAUUUCGAUUUUGCAGUGUUUUUUUUAUCGCCACUCUUCAAAUAGCAGCGUGUGGAUCAUUUUGGAUUUUUAAUUAUUGAAUCCUAUGUUUAACUGUGAGCACCAUCUAUAAACAACUUUGUACGUAGUUUAGUAUUUAGAGACAUGGUAAAUAUUCUUUCCAAAAUGGCGCUUGUAUUAAAAAAAUGGAUGGAAAAGAAGACCUUAAAAUUAGGAAAAUUGGAGGCCAACAUAGGAUCCUGAUACACAUGGAAAAUAAGACACUAGACACGUGCUGCAUAUAUACCCCCUAUGGUAGUUCCAUUAAACGUUAGACAACUUGGUCAAUGUUUCAUUUUUGGUCGUCACUUGUAGGCAACAUUCCUAUCGUAUAAAUCCUUUUGCAUAUUUAUCUUUUCUGUAUUCUUAAUAAUCCUAUAUACACAUUAUAUUCUGAAGAUGAAGAUGACUUUCUCAUGGGCAGGACUAUAUUGAAUCUCCCUGACCUUAUUUAUGAGAAGUGCACACAAUCCCAUAAUAUUUCACUCCCCUUUCAGUUAGUUGUACAACAGGUUACGUCACUUAACACAUUUCAACGUAUUAUGAUAAACUGGGUGGAGAUGCUGGUAUCUAAGUAAUAGGACUAUGCUAUAGUAGCAUGAGAAACACAUAACAAACUUGCCUCAACCCUCCAAUUCAAGGCUCACAUACUUUCUAUAUAACAAUUUGAUUAAACACAUUUAUACCACCCAUGUUGCUUGAUCACUAUCUGAAAACUAAAACACUAGCUCACCGUGAUAAUUGGUUUAAACGUUAUUGAUUUCACACUUCAAUGCAAUGAAUGUAAACUUUGAUUAUUUUUUUCUUUUGAGCCUCCUUCUGUGAAACUUUCUUCGUCAAACUGCCCGCUCAUCUACGAGACCCGGAGGGGGUUUCUAGCAUGUAAUCACAGCAGCUUUCUACUAAAUAAACAGUAGAGCUGAUUCCAGGCUAUUGGGUUCGAUAUUUAUCCAAUUCUUGAGGUCAUCGCUGGCACAGUCCUACUCCGCGGUUUGCAUGUCUUGUGAUUUAAUCUAGGCCUGGGUGGCUGUAACCUUCUGUCCUAAAGCCUGGAUUAAAUCAAAAUGAUGGCCCUGCCAUAGCUGUUAUAAGAUAUGUCGUAAACUUUGAUUUAAUUUUGGUCCUACUUCUACAACAGCUUUGUGUUUUACCAUUUUUACACCAAGCAUGUGAAUAUAAUGCAUACCAAAGAAAUGCGGACCUCUGGUAGAUCCUAUAAUGCAGUGAAUACUUUGAGUGCAAUACAAGGCUGCAGUGGGACUGACAAACUGCCCCAAAGAAGCACAGGAGCUGCUUAGCCGUCCAGUCCCCAAAGUUUCCCCGAAAAAAUUGUCAACUUUUUUUAGAUUUCGUUUUUGUUUAAUAAACACUAAUAAAUUCCUGGCACUUGUAAAAGUGUUUGUUGGUUAUUAUUUUAAAGAAACUCAUUGUAAAAUGUAGCCCUUUCUUAUUGAACCAAUUGAUUCUUUAAAGGGCUCUCUCUGUUUUAUUUUUUUUUUAGUUUCUAUUUAAUUUCCUAAACUUCAGGAUUAAACGCGUUUAAAUGUUUGAGCGUAUUAGGAAUGUUUGUUUCCAAUCGGAAAAGCCAUCAGAAUAGCAGAGGCAUCACUAAAUAGUACAGGCGACCAGACGUUAUCAAAUACAGGAAUUCUUCUUUUUUUUUUUUUUUUUUUUUAAGUAGAGACUAGUCUGCUUAUUCAGCUAUCUGUAAAUUGGAGGUCGUUCUACCCCUAAUAAGAAAACAUCCAUCACUUUUUUUAUAAUUGACUGCAAUGUGUUUGUAUUGAAAUGUAUGUGUGUGUGUACUGCAUGUAAUUGCAUAUGGAAAAAACAGUGAUUAUGACAUGAAUUGGCCUUCACUGUACACUUACUAUUAUGUGACUAUGUAAUCGCUAAGUUUAAACCUAUGUCUGCAUGUUUCUCACAACUGCAAAAUUCAACGCGUGUAACAUCUAACUCCUCUCUGCCCUGUGCAAUAGACCACCUGGGAUCCUGAUUUUGAAAACCUUAUAUUUGGUAUAAUUUUGAUUUAUAUUCCAUUUUAUUUGUGUUCUUCAUGUUGAAUGAGUGUAUUGUAUAAUGUAACAAUCAAACUAUAUUGUAUACCGUGGUUUUCUUGGCUUACUAUAAAGGAUGGUCAAAAUACCAGUAAAUAAAACAUUUAAAACAUUGA